AUGCCCAUCUCAAAAGAUCCCACCAAGAAAGGAAACCUCAGGAUCAAGUUUGACGUCGUCUUUCCAUCGAAGCAGCAGAACCAUGAGGAACCCCAUAAGACGCAAAGGUGGGCUCAGCAUCAUAAAUCGACCCUUCAGAUUUCAACACUACCCUCCAAGUACCCAAAUCAGAGACACGUGUUUCUGUCUGGGAACCAUGACCUGGCCUUUGCAGCCUUUGUGGGGGUCCUGCCUAAGCCUUUGGAUGGCUCUGAGUUUUCUGUGGCUUGGAAGGAGUAUGAGGCCAAUGAAGAGAGAGAAGGGUGGUUUAAGGGUGAUGGGUAUGAGAGAAUUACUCAGGCACUUGGCCAGGUUGAUGAGUGCUCAGCCUUGCUGCAGUUCAAGGAAAGCUUUGCAAUUAACAAGUCUGUUUCUGCAGACCCUCUUGCUUAUCCGAAGGUUUCAUUUUGGACGCGAGAAGGAGAUGGGAAUCGGAGUAAUUGUUGUUCAUGGGAUGGUGUUGAGUGUGAUGAAGACUUUGGCCAUGUUGUCGGCCUUGAUCUCCGUAGCAGCUGUCUCUACGGUUCUAUCAAUUCCAGCAACACUCUCUUCCGCCUUGUUCACUUGCAGUGGCUUGACCUCUCAGAUAAUCACUUCAAUUUCUCUCAAAUACCAUCAAGGUUCGGUGAUGAUCUUUCGAGUCUAACAUAUCUCAACCUUUCAAAUUCCUUGUUUUCCGGAGAAAUUCCACCAGAAAUUUCAAAGUUAUCGAAGCUGUCUACCCUUGAUCUGUCUUUCAAUGAUCUGAAAGUUGAUGAUGAUAGUUUCCCUUUGAAACUGACCAAGGGCAACAUGAGAAGCCUGGUUCAGAACUUGACCGCCAUAAAACAACUUCAUCUUAAUUGGGUAGAGAUGUACUCCACUGUGCCUGAUAUCUUGGUCAAUGCAUCUUCUCUCACAUCUCUCCAACUUCGCGGUUGUGGGUUGAAUGGGGAAUUCCCAAUUGGCAUUUUCCACCUACCAAACUUAGAGGUUCUCCAUCUGCUCUAUAACUCAAACCUCACCGGUUAUUUUCCUGACUUUAACAGGAGCAAUGCCCUCAAGAAAUUGAAUGUUGCCAACACGAAUUUCUCUGGCCAACUGCCUAACUCCCUCGGAAACCUUCAUUCCUUGAUUGUGUUUGUCAUCUCAUCGUGUAAUUUUCAUCCCAAUGUUCCAUCUUCACUCGGAAACCUUACCCAGCUCAACUACCUUGACAUGUUUUCAUUUAAUGACGUUUCCAAAGGCAAGAUGGGAGAAUUCCCAUCUUUUGUGUCUAACCUGACACAACUUGAAUUUCUAGACUUGUCCGAUACUGAAAUAUCUGGUCAAAUCCCAUCUUGGCUCAUGAAGUUGACCCAGUUAACCAGUCUAAGCCUUGACGAGAACAAUUUGCAAGGACCAAUUCCUAGGUCGCUCUUCCAACUCAAAAAUCUUGAAUAUCUUUCUCUUUCCGGUAAUAACUUGAGUGGGUUGGUUGAGUUUGAUCAGUUUUCCAAGCUCAAAAAGUUGAAGGACCUUGAUUUAUCGAACAACAUGUUAUCUGUGGAGAUCAGAAAUGAUUUAAGUGCUACUCUUCCAAAGCUUCAAACUCUAGCACUGGGCGCCUGCAACUUAACAGAGUUCCCAAAAUUUUUGAAAAAUCAAUCCGAAUUGACUAAGCUAGACCUUUCUGACAACUAUAUUCACGGCCCAAUACCGAAAUGGCUAUGGAAUGCAACUAUUGAAACUUUGUGGGGACUCCGUCUCUAUGACAACUUUUUGACAGGAUUUGACCAAGAUCCAGGCAUUCUCCGAUGGACAAAUCUGAACUAUCUGGCUCUUGGGUCUAACAUGUUACAAGGACCUCUGCCAAUUCCCCCGCAAUCAAUCAGAUUAUAUGAUGUCGAAAACAACGAAUAUACUGGAGAAAUUUCACCCCUGUUCUGCAACUUCAAUAAUCUCCAAGUUCUCAGGUUGUCCAACAACAGCCUCAGUGGCAUGCUUCCACAAUGUUUGGGUAACUCUAGUGUUUUGGAAAUAUUGGCCCUGCAUAACAAUUUUUUUAAUGGAUAUAUUCCUCCAAUAUGUCCAAGCAAAACUAGUCUGAGAAUUGUUGAUUUUAGUUAUAAUCAGUUGCAGGGGAAGCUACCAAGAGGGGUGAUGAAUUGUACUCAGUUAAAGGUUCUUAAUUUUGCAAACAAUCAGAUGAGUGACAUCUUCCCAUCUUGGUUAGGGGCACUUCCAGAAUUAAGGAUUCUCAUUUUGCGGUCCAAUGGAUUUCAUGGCGUAAUUGGGAAGCCUGCAACUAAACAUGAAUUCCCAAAUUUGCGCAUCAUUGACUUAUCUAACAAUGGUUUCUCAGGUAUGUUGCCCUCUAACUACUUAGAGAUCUGGAAUUCCAUGAAACAUGUUGAUGAAAACCGGCAAACUUAUUUUAGUGUAUAUACGGAUGACGUCGAUGGACGUUACUUUGGAAGUGAUUACGCAAUGACAAUAAGUGGUAAAGGUGUUCAGUUGAAAUAUGAAAGGACCCCUUAUCUUCUCACACUCGUAGAUCUGUCAAGUAAUAGAUUUGAAGGAGAGAUUCCAGAAGGUCCCGUUGGGAACCUAAGAGGCCUUGUUUUGCUGAACCUUUCCAACAACUCUCUCACUGGUCACAUCCCCUCAUCUUUAGGGGACUUGGCUGCUCUCGAAUCGUUAGAUCUCUCCCAGAACCAGCUCUCAGGAAGGAUCCCGAGUAAUUUAGAACAACUCACUUUCCUUGCAUAUUUUAAUGUAUCCCAUAACCAUCUCUCCGGGCCUAUACCACUUGGCAAACAAUUCGAUACAUUCCAGGAGGACUGGUACGAAGGAAACUCAGGUCUGUGUGGAAAGUCUCUGCCAAAGAAAUGUGAAGAUUCUGAGAUCUCAACGCGGCCACCAUCAUCAAUCGUGGGAGAAGAUGAAGACUCUGUAUUUCAAAUUGCACUAGAUUGGUACGUGGUUGUGCCAGGAGUUGUUAGUGGUCUGAUAGUUGGAGUGGUUGUUGGGAACAUAUGGACAACAAAGAAGCACGAAUGGUUUGUGGAGACAUUUAGCAGGAGGAGGAAGCCAAGAGGCACACAAGGGCUAGGAGGGGACGCAGAACUUAGCUCAAGGCCAUGUAUCUGUGUGUUAUGUAUGCGUGUUUGGUGUGUCCGUAAGGGAAGUAUUUGA